UUUUGUGCAACAUUUUUGUGCGGUUUUUGCCGCCCACAACAGAUUUUUAAAUGAAACCGGAAAAUUGGCUCGACUCAUCUGCCUCGACAUCAGCAGCCGCAGCCGCAGCAGCUGCCGCUGCCGCAGCCGCCGCCGCCACCACCACUACCACCACAGCUGCAGCAUCCUACAGUAAUGCUAAGUGCGGGACACUAGACGGAGCCGCCGAACCACUAUUUCAUCAGCAGCGCAACAACAGAAUGGACGUCUAUCAGAUUGACGAUGGUUUCCACUCGGAUGGAGGCACUGAAACGCCGCCUCCAUCGCCCAGCUCGGGGUCCUCGAUAGCUUCUACAUCGGACCAUGGCUCGCUGGAGAGUGUUGAUACAGGCGGAACACAGAGGCUGGCGGUGCUAUCAUUCGAACAGGUGCGCAAGCUGCACACUGUUAUGGACGAGAAGGUGGCCAUACAUGGACGCGGUAACUUUCCGACACUGGAGGUGACACUGAAGGAUUUGGUCAAUUCGGUGCGUCGCAAAUUGGAGGCGGAUGUGAAUAGCGGCGGUGCCGGUGUCCUGGUCAAGGACAUUCGCCUGAAUGGCGGCGCAGCUAGUCAUGUGCUGGCCAGCGAAGAUCAGCCAUACAACGAUCUUGAUCUGAUCUUUGCCAUCGAGCUAAGCUCACCGCGUGUCUUCGAUCGCGUUAAGACCGCCGUGCUGAACACUCUGCUCGACCUGAUGCCCGAGGGCGUGUGCAAGCGCCGCAUCUACACAUGCAGCCUGAAGGAGGCCUACGUGGGCAAAAUGGUGAAGGUCAAUAAUAAUAAUGAUGGGGAUCGUUGGUCGCUCAUCUCGCUGGGCAACUCGCCGGGUCACAAGAAUGUCGAGCUCAAAUUUGUCGACACGAUGCGUCGCCAGUUUGAGUUCUCCGUGGAUUCAUUCCAAAUCGUCUUGGAUUCACUCUUGCUGUUCUACGAUUGCGUCGCCUUGCCCAUAUCGGAGAAUUUCUAUCCCACGGUGGUGGGCGAAUCGGUCUACGGUGACUUCCAGGAGGCGCUAUAUCAUUUGCAAAAGAAACUGAUCUCAACGCGACAGCCGGAGGAGAUACGCGGCGGUGGUCUGCUGAAAUACUGUAAUCUAUUGGUACGCAACUAUACGGCUGUCGACUCGCAGCUGAUCAAGACGCUGGAGCGGUACAUGUGCUCGCGGUUCUUUAUCGAUUUCCCCGACAUCAAUACGCAGACAACGAAACUGGAGGCCUACUUGCGCAAUCAUUUCUGGGGCAUCGAGGAGGAGCCGCUCCAGUAUGAGUACCUAAUGUAUUUAUAUAAUGUUGUUGAAAUGUCCACUGUCUGUCUGAUGGGGCAUGAGCGUCGUCAGACUCUGUCGCUCAUCCUGUCGCUGGCCAAUCAGGUGAAGCAGCAACAGGAGCACCAGUAUCAGCAGCAACAGCAGCAGCAGCAACAUCAUCACCAGCAACAGCAACAGCACCAUCACCAGCAGCAGCAGCAGCAGCAGCAGCAUCAUCACCAUCAUCAUCACCAUCAGCAGCAGCAGCAUGCAGCAUACCUGCAACAGCAGCAACAGCAACAGCAGCACCAGCAACAGCAGUUGGACUCGCAGCAAACACAAUCGUCGCCUGUUUUGGCUUUGGUAUCGGCAACGCCAUCGCAGCAGGCGCCGCAAACGCAAACGAUCUAUGUGCAACAGGCAGCGCCGGCUAAUGCCACCAUAUGCUGCAGCAAUACGUCGGUCGGAGCAGGAGCAGGCACAGCAACGGCAGUGGCAACAGCCGCAGCACCAGUUGCGGCCACCGCAGCCAAUGCAGCAGCAACUGUUGCCGAUGCACAGCAACAGACGCAGACUAUUCAGAUACAGGCGGGUCCGCCGGGCUUGAUCUAUGCCAAUGGCGUUUACUAUGCACCUGUGAUACCCAGCACCAUUUGCACAUGCAAUUCGACCUGGUUGAGCACGUGAUUGGAACAGCAGCAGCAGCAGCAGCAGCAGCAGCCACAA